UUUGGGAAUUUACGCUGGCCGCUGGACCGAGAAGAGGAGUCACGUUCGUAGGCCGUGCUGCCAGCUUGCCGUGCUGCCAGCAGGAACUGAAACCAAAACAAACACUUCCGGCUUGUGUUUGAUCCGGCACAGUUAACAGAGGUUUGGUGAUUCGUGGAUACCUACAAAAGUAUGACUUACUACUUGUGUCGGCUUUGUUGCAACUGGACGGAGACGGGGCUAUUGUGCGAAAGGACAACCACUCACGCGAUCGUGGCACAAAUUUUCGGAAUAGAGCUGGCUCAGAUAUCGACGCUUCCCGAAUACAGCUGUAAGGACUGUUCUACAUCGUUGAAUGUCUGUCGAGAUUUCUACGAUCGGGUGCAGGCUUCCGAGGCUUUUUUACGCAAUCUGCACGACAAUAAUAAACUGCAAGCGUUUCUCAACAGACAGAGCAAUUAUAGCGCUGAAAACGGCUUGAACACUGGUUCGGAAAUAAGACAAGCAGAAAGCGAAUUAUGGCAGGAUGGCGUCGAGGAAGAAUGUUUGGGAAAAGUUACGCAAGCGGAGGAAAAGUUAAUUUCUUUGGAUAUAAUACCCGUGGAGGAGCUAGAGAUCGUGAAUGGACCUUUGAUCGAUGCGAUCCAUGAUGAGCAGAGCGAAACGAUGUUCAAAGAAGAAGUGCUUGCAGGGGAUCAGGAUCUCUCAUUAUCGGGAGAUGAAGGCGGGCCGAUCGAUGCAAACGACCUCAGACCAGCGAAACCAUCGCACCGGUCGCGAAGCGCAUGCCAGGAACUUGUCAAGAAAAAUCCUCUUAUGUGCUACAUUUGCAAUGAAGAGCAAACAAGUGUCGCGAGCCUACGAACGCAUCUAUUUUCACACGACGAUCUACUACCAUACCACUGCACACAGUGCAGCACGCCGGAACAGUCCAUUGAUAUACGGACGCUGAUCGCCCUUAACAAUCAUUUCGAAUCCCACCAACUGCCCAUCCAGUGCGAACAAUGUCCAUUGCGUUUUCGAACCUAUCAUGCGAGCGUCUUUCACCAGAAAAACAAGCAUAACUCGAAGGUCCCCCUCGUAUGUGACACCUGUGGGAAGGAAUUUGUAGACCAUUACAAAUUCCGCAAGCACAUGAUCGCUCAUCAAAACAAGCUAACGCAACGGUACAAGUGUGCCACGUGCGAAAAAGUCUUUCAAAACGCCACGGUGCUGCACCGGCAUGAGUUAAUACACUCCGACACCAAGCUCUUUAAAUGUCCUUUCUGUGCACGCUUAUUUAACCAUCAGUCGAACUUUGAGGUACACAAGGCGCGCCACCAACGGAAUCAGUUGAAGCUGUACCCCUGCGAUGUUUGCAAUGAGCGUUAUACCAAAUUCGACGAAUGGAAGCGCCACAUGCACCAACACUUUCCACAGGAUCGCCGUUACUGGUCGAAGGAGCUAGCUCUGUCGAAGAAACUGCAGGAUCAGACCAACUAUCCAGCAUCUUGCCAGGAGCCAGGUUGCUCGUACGUGGCUACGACGAUCGUAAAAAUGUGGAGCCACUAUCAAUCGCACUACAAAUCAUUUGGUUGUACUCAGUGUGGGCAAAGUUUCGCGAAAAUGCACAACCUGCGCACACACAUCGAGACGGUGCACGAACAGAUCCGGAAGCACGAGUGUACCCUCUGUGGACGGCUUUUUGGCUUCGCGCAGAAGUUGCGGGAGCAUAUGGAUUGGCACAAGGGAAUCCGUAGCAAGCAGUGCAAAUACUGCCCGAAGACGUUCAUAUUUUCAUCGAACUUGGUCAUCCACGAACGUAUUCACACUGGCCAAAAACCUCAUGGUUGCGAUCAAUGCGAUGCCCGUUUCUCUUCCUGCGCUGGGCUGACGAAACAUAAAAAGUGCCAUGAUCCCAAAGAACCUCCGAAGAAAAAACUCAUAUCACAAGAGCAUUCUGGCAAUCUUUAGGCGCACUAAGUGCUGUUUCAACUCGAGGCUUGUCUUUCAGGCUCACAAUGGCUGACUCUCUUCCAUUUAUCACGCACAGCUUAAUCUCAUGCCAGGGCAUAAUUUUAUUAACAUAACGCAAAAUAAACGUGAUCACACCACACAAUGUUUAUGAUUAACAUUAUAUGAUAGACAAAAAGAAAGAAAACUUCAAUAAUUCCACGGAAUACUCGCCAUCCUAUUCUCAUGCUCUGCUCAAUUCAAAAUUAAAUUCCUUUUCAUACGAUCCUUAUUGUCAAAAAUAAUAAUGAAAUAUUGUAUUGAAUAUAACAUUUUGAAAAGUAAAAGAAUAGAAACUUAAGAACA